AUGGCUAGUGUUCAAGAUAUCAUUGUUUCAGCUACUGUUAACAUUAUUUCUGCAAUUAUCUUCCUUGUGGCCUUUGCAAUAUUGCGCCUUCAACCAUUCAAUGAUAGAGUUUACUUCCCAAAGUGGUAUCUGAAGGGCAUAAGAGGCAGUCCAACACAUUCCAAAGCUCUUGUAUCAAAGUUCAUCAACUUGGACUUCAAAACAUACAUAAGGUUCUUGAAUUGGAUGCCUGCAGCAUUAAGAAUGCCAGAACCCGAGCUCAUAGAUCAUGCAGGACUUGACUCUGUUGUAUAUAUUCGAAUUUAUCUUCUUGGCCUGAAAAUUUUUGUCCCAAUAGCUGCACUUGCUUUUGUGGUGCUGCUGCCUGUAAACUGGACUGGGGAAACAUUAGAAAAAAUGAAUGUUAAAGUUAAAGAUUUAACAUUCAGUGAUAUUGACAAACUCUCAAUAUCCAAUGUGCCAGCUGGAUCUAAAAGAUUUUGGGCACAUCUGACAAUGGCCUAUGUCUUCUCAUUUUGGACAUGCUAUGCGCUUUACAAGGAAUACAAGUACAUAGCUAAUUUGAGAUUGCAUUUUCUUGCUUCUGAACAACGUCGUCCUGAUCAAUUCACUGUCCUUGUGAGAAAUGUUCCUCCUGAUCCAGAUGAAUCAGUUAGUGAGCACGUUGAGCAUUUCUUUUGUGUAAAUCACCCUGAUCAUUAUCUUUCACAUCAGAUUGUAUACAAUGCAAAUAAGCUUGCAAAAUUGGUGGCAACAAAGAAGAGUAUGCAGAAUUGGCUUGUUUAUUACCAAACCAAAUAUGAAAGGGAACCUACUAAAAAGCCAAUUACCAAGACAGGUUUUUGGGGCCUUUAUGGUGAAACUGUGGAUGCAAUUGACCAUUACACAGCUGAAAUUGGAAGGUUGAGCGAAGAAGAAGCUGUAGAAAGAGAAAAGGUCAUAAGUGAUCCUAAUGCCAUAAUUCCAGCAGCAUUUGUUUCGUUCAAAUCACGAUGGGGAGCAGUUAUCUGUGCUCAAACUCAGCAAACGAGUAACCCAACUAUUUGGUUGACUGAAUGGGCUCCUGAACCACGUGAUGUUUAUUGGGAUAAUCUUGCGAUACCAUAUGUUGAACUCAGUGUCCGAAGAUUGCUCAUGGCUGUUACUCUAUUUUUUCUAACAUUCUUUUUCAUGAUUCCUAUAGCAUUUGUUCAAUCUUUGGCCAAUAUUGAGGGCAUUGAGAAGGUUUUUCCUUUCUUGAAGUCAGUAAUAGAAACGGAUGUGAUCAAGUCUUUCGUUCAGGGUUUUCUUCCAGGAAUUGCAUUAAAGAUAUUCCUUAUCCUUCUUCCAACAAUCCUCAUGACUAUGUCCAAAAUAGAGGGAUUCACUGCUCUGUCAUCUUUGGAUAGACGAUCAGCAGCAAAGUAUCAUUUAUUCUUGCUUGUUAAUGUCUUUCUUGGAAGCAUUAUUACUGGAACAGCAUUACAGCAGCUUAAAACCUUCUUAAACCAAUCUGCAACCGAGAUCCCAAAAACUGUUGGCGUGUCAAUUCCAAUGAAAGCCACUUUCUUUAUUACUUACAUAAUGGUUGAUGGAUGGGCCGGCAUAGCUGCAGAGAUUGUUAGAUUGGUUCCUUUGGUUAUGUUCCACCUAAAGAAUACGUUCUUAGUUAAGACAGAAAAAGAUAGAGAGCAGGCAACGGAUCCUGGUUCCUUGGACUUUGCUACCUAUGAACCUCGCAUACAGCUUUAUUUCUUGCUGGGACUUGUGUAUUCGGUGGUCACCCCAAUUCUCCUUCCUUUCGUCAUUGUUUUCUUUGCCUUUGCCUUCAUGGUUUUCCGCCAUCAGAUCAUUAAUGUCUACGACCAAAAGUAUGAGAGUGCGGCAUCAUUCUGGCCAGAUGUUCAUCGGCGUAUAAUUAUCGGCUUGAUAAUAUCCCAGCUUCUGUUAAUGGGAUUGAUGAGCACAAAAAAAGCUGAACACUUAACUCCCUUCCUCAUUGCACUUCCUAUCUUGACCAUUUGGUUCCAUUUAUUUUGCAAGGGACGGUUUGAGUCAGUAUUCAAAAUAUUUCCGAUACAGGAUGCAAUGGUGAAGGAUACGUUAGAACGGGCUACAGAACCGAACUUAAACCUGAAAGCCUAUCUCCAGGAUGCUUAUGUGCACCCAGUCUUCAAAGAUGGGGAGUUUCAGAGGCCAGCAGCAAUAGAUGAGGAAGAGAACAGUCCCCUUGUUCCAACAAAGAGAGUGUCUCAAAGGGAGAGUAAAUAUGGUUCUGAUGAGGGUUCAGAAAACGGUAUUGUAGAGUAACUAUGGUUCUGAUUUUAGCACCAAAAUGGGUACUCAAAUGUUGUGAGGUAAAUAGACAUUGUAAGAUGAUCUGAUUUGUUUUAGAUGUGAUUGUUUGUUUUCAUAUAGUUUAAAGGCAUGUGUAUAUCCAGGAAUCCAGGUUUAGUUAAAAAUAUAGUGAUUUAAGAA